GCUUGCGUAGUACUCUCUGGUGGUCGUCCAGGUGGUCAUUGGGAUGAAAUAAGACGUCUUCAUUAGAGUUGAACUUUUCACCUCAUCUCCCUGAGCAUGCUCUCUGAGCCCUUGGUCACAGUCCGAACCAUAAGGUUGGUUUGAUCCGGUUCUCGGGGUCCGAGGGGCUCCUGUUAUCUCGAGGCCUUGCAAGUUUGGCAUUCUUUAUCUUGCCCUUUUACAAACAGUCCUCUUUAUCUCUGAGCCCUUGGUCACAGUCUAACCAUAAUGUUGGUUUGAUCUGGUUCUCGGGGUCCCAGGGGCUCCUGUUAUCUCAAGGCCUAAGUGCAGCACAAGCACAGUACAUCGCAAACAUAGCACACAUUAAGCAAUGAGUGUUGCCUACAUAUUCAUUCUUAAUCAAUCGCCCUCUAAUUUCUAACCCCUUGUCUCGGGGUGGGGGUGGGGGGGUCAGGGGGUGGUACAGUGUGCCAUUACCUCAUACAGGGAGCAAGCACAGAUCUGCGUAAGUCACCUCCUCUUCCAUCCUUCCCUUGGUCUCUGGUUGUGUGCCCCGCAGGUAGGGGGGAGCAGCAACCCCCUCCCAGCCCCCUUUGGCAGCUGAGUGGGACACGAAAUGGAAAGCGUCACUUCCUGGAGGGGCCCCCGGGACACCAGCUGGGUCACAGCCCUGGGGGGCCGCGGCACUGGUGGCACACAGGGAGAAGGGGAGCCCCAGCCAGGCGGGACCCCCAGCAUGGGGGGACCCCAUGCCUCCCAGUGCCGGCUGCUGGCUCAGGCGUGGAUCAGGGCUGGGCAGCUGCGUUGAGGCUGAUACCAGGUUGAGGGGACCCUGGCACCAUCAGGGUACAGGGGGACUGUCUCUGCAUCCUCAGCCUCUGUAUGCUCUCAAGCAGCAGGGCAGCGGGGUGUGUGUGCAGAGGUGGUUCCUGCCACCUCUUUUGCAUGGGGCUGCAGCUGCAUCUCAGCCCUAGAAAGCCGGGGAGCUGGGGCACUCUGUCCCCUCCCUGAGCCUUGAUGGGAAGCCAUCCUGAUGGGCACACCUGCCAUACCCUCGGGGCUGGGGGGCAGCAUCCCCCAGCCCCCCCAAGGGAUGCUCAUCCUGCCCCACCACCAGGCAGAGCAGGCACAUCCAGGACUACGUUUCCCAGCAGCUCCUCCUGGGGCUGCACAUGCUCCUUGUGGCUCCCGGCUGCUCCCAGCAGCUCCCUGUGCAGCUCCUGGUGGUCCCCGGUGCAGCCCCAGGUGCGGAUCCAGCACGGGCACAGGGGGCUCCCUUGGGAGCACGCAGCCAAACCCCGGGGCAGAGCCCUGUCCGGCGCCCACCCUCCCAGCCCCCUCCACAGCAUGCCCUGUGGGUGAGCCUGGACACAGGCAGAGGUCGGCAGCCUCCUGGUGCUGGUGGGAGGCUCAGGGGAGGCCGCCCUGCUGAUGGUCUCCACAUCGCGGCCCAACAAGGUGCUGUGGCGGGAGAUCUCCCAGGGGCUGGCAGCAGUCAGCUAUGGCUGCAGCGUGGCCCAGUGCCGCUCCAAAUGGAAGGCGCUCAAGCAGGCUUUCCACUCAGAGCGGGAACGCCACCAGGCCAGCCACCACUCGCCCUGCCUGCCCCCACACUACUGCACCAUGAAGAGCAUCUGGAAGGUGGCUGGGCGGCCCGUCUUUGGCAAGCAGCGGCUGCUGGGUGGGUGCCAGAGCCGGAUGGGCUCCACAGGUGCUGCCCAGGGUCCGUCGCUCCCUGGCCUGAGCCUUUUCCUCUUCUUCCAGACGUGGUGAAGCCACCCCCCGGGAGGUGCAGGUCAGCCCUCACCACCUGCUCUCCGUCCUUGCCAGCUUUGCCAGGUACCUGCAGGCUGGGGCAGCCAGAGGGGGGCUUGUCCUGGCCAAGAGGUGGCCGGCACCCCUCAGGGUUCACUUACUGAAGCUCUUCUCUGCUCACUGCACCCAUGCUUCUGCAGAGUCCCUGGCCACACUGCUGGCUCCACUGCUGCAGCGUGCGAAGGACAAGCCAGAGAGCUGUAAGUACCGGCCUGCCCUGCCGCGCCGGGCUGCACAACCACUGCUCCAGCUCAAGCCCAUGCCAGCAUGCUGGGAAUGGGGGGGGGGGGGGGACACACAAAAGGGUCAGGGGCCUUUUGUCCCAGGAGGGCUCUGCCAUGGUGUGUUCCUCUCGGGGAUGCUCGCAGACGGGGCUGUUGGGACUUCUCCCCCCCAAUUUGGCUCCAAACCAACCCUGCAGCAUGA